AUGGCACUGUCGAGAUUAUCCGCCUCUGUGUUGUAUCCUGUGCUUAUGUACACCGAGUCAGGACAGAAGAUUAUGGAGACGUUGUGGAACAAAACUCUGGAAGAACUUGAGAUUAGAGAUAUUACAACAGCUCUUGGCAGGGCAGACUAG